ACAGUCUUCCAUUAAAACUAAAAAGAGUAAAGCUCACAUGCGCACAAGCUUCUGUCUGAAAAGAGUUUUCUUUCAUUUUUUUCGUUUUUAGUUUUCAAUUUUAAAUUCCUAAUCUCACUCUCAAAACAUUUUUAAAAAGCAAAACUCAAACCGUCCAUCCAAAACAGCAUAAGCAUUUCUCAUCAUCAACAGUCAAAAAUCUCUUUCUUUUUUGUUAGAAAUUUUAAACCUCACGUUUAAUGUUUUUGAGCUGCUUUCAAGCUGUAAAUAUUCUUGAAUCUGUUCCUUUCCUCCUUUCCCCUCAAAGACUUAAAAAGACCAUGUCCUGUUCGAUCAACCCUUGCUUUCUCUUUAAACCUCUCUCUACAUCACUUGUCUGAAAAACCAAGAACCUGAUUUCUUCAAGACAAAAACAAAAAGUUCCUCUCUUUUUCAGCAGUUAAUUAAUCCCCAAAAAAAAAAAUGGUUUCAAGAUCGUAUUCAAACCUGCUCGAGCUCGCUUCAGGAGACUCUCCCACCUUCGGCCGCAUGAACCGCCAGAUCCCUCGCAUCAUGGCCGUUGCUGGAAUCAUGUCCAACAUCGACAACGACUCCAAAGAAAGUAGUCCCUCCUCCGAUCUCUCCCCAAAAGACCGUAUCAUCAUCGUAGCCAACGAGUUACCAAUACGAGCUCAAAGAAAGCUAGAGACUAGUAGUACUAGUACCAGCACAACCCAUUGUUGUAGCAGCAAAGGCUGGACCUUCUCUCUAGACGAGAACUCUCUCCUCCUCCAAUUAAAAGACGGGUUAGGAUCCGAAGCCACCACCACCGAAGUCAUCUACGUAGGCUGCUUAAAAGAAGACAUCCACCCCAACGAGCAAGAAGAGGUCUACCAACUCCUCCUCGAAAACUUCAAGUGCGUCCCCACGUUCCUACCUCUAGAUCUCUACACCAGAUACUACCACGGCUUCUGCAAGCAGCAGCUCUGGCCUCUCUUCCAUUACAUGCUCCCACUCUCUCCCGACCUCGGAGGGAGGUUUGACCGCUCCCUCUGGCAAGCCUACGUCUCCGUGAACAAGAUCUUUGCGGAUAGGAUCAUGGAAGUGAUUAACCCUGAGGACGACUUCGUCUGGAUACAUGAUUACCAUCUCAUGGUCCUGCCUACUUUCUUGAGGAAGAGGUUUAACCGCGUCAAGCUAGGGUUCUUCCUCCACAGUCCCUUUCCUUCUUCGGAGAUUUACAAAACUUUGCCUAUUAGAGAGGAGCUUCUCCGCGCGCUGCUGAACGCUGACUUGAUUGGGUUCCAUACCUUUGACUACGCGAGACACUUCUUGUCUUGUUGUAGUAGGAUGCUUGGUCUUACUUAUGAGUCUAAAAGAGGGUACAUUGGACUUGAGUAUUACGGUAGAACCGUGAGCAUCAAGAUCUUACCUGUUGGUAUCCACAUGGGUCAGCUCCGGUCGGUUCUCAGCUUGCCCGAGACGGAAAAUAAAGUGAAAGAGCUUAUUGAGGAGUAUAGUAAAAAGGGGAGGAGGAUGCUGCUCGGUGUUGAUGACAUGGACAUCUUCAAAGGGAUCACUCUGAAGCUAUUAGCUAUGGAGCAGAUGCUUACGCAGCAUCCUGAGUGGCAAGGGAAGGUUGUGCUGGUGCAGAUAGCUAAUCCCGCUAGAGGGAAAGGGAAAGAUGUUAAAGAGAUGAAAGCUGAGACUUACUCAACGGUUAAAAGGAUCAACCAGGCCUUUGGGAGGCCUGGCUAUGAUCCUAUAGUGUUGAUAGAUGCGCCGUUGAGGUUCUACGAGAGAGUUGCUUAUUAUGUGGUUGCUGAGUGUUGUUUGGUGACGGCGGUGAGGGAUGGGAUGAAUCUUAUCCCUUAUGAGUAUAUAGUUUCGCGUCAAGGGAAUGAAAAGCUGGACAAGAUUCUGAAGGUGGAGAAUCAUCACAAAAGCAUGCUGGUGGUGUCUGAGUUCAUUGGUUGCUCUCCGUCGUUAAGCGGAGCUAUUCGUGUUAAUCCCUGGAACGUUGACGCGGUGGCUGAUGCGAUGGACAGUGCACUUGAAGUGGCUGAGCCGGAGAAGCAGCUGAGGCAUGAGAAGCAUUACAAGUAUGUGAGCACGCAUGAUGUUGGCUACUGGGCUCGUAGCUUCCUCCAAGAUCUUGAGAGGAGUUGUGGCGAGCAUGGGAGGAGGAGGUGUUGGGGGAUUGGGUUUGGUCUUAGUUUCAGGGUUGUGGCGUUAGACCAGAGCUUCAGGAAGCUGUCGAUGGAGCAUAUAGUGUCGGCUUAUAAGAGGACGAAGACCAGAGCUAUUCUUUUGGACUAUGAUGAUACUUUGAUGCCACAGGGGUCUAUUGAUAAAAGACCUUCGUCGAAGUCUAUUGAGAUAUUGAACACGUUGUGUAGGGACAAGAGCAAUCUUGUGUUCAUUGUUAGCGCGAAAAGCCGGGAGACAUUGUCUGACUGGUUUAGUCCUUGUGAGAAGCUUGGGAUUGCUGCUGAACAUGGCUACUUUCUGAGGCUGAGGAAGGAUGUAGAAUGGGAAAACUGUGUGGCAGCAGCAGAUUGUUCUUGGAAACAAAUUGCAGAGCCUGUGAUGGAGCUUUACACCGAGACAACAGAUGGAUCAACGAUCGAAGACAAGGAGACCGCUCUGGUCUGGAGCUAUGAAGAUGCUGAUCCUGAUUUUGGCUCAUGUCAAGCUAAAGAGCUUCUAGAUCAUCUUGAAAGUGUCCUUGCUAAUGAACCUGUAACAGUCAAGAGAGGGCAGAACUAUGUUGAGGUCAAGCCGCAGGGGGUGAGCAAAGGACUUAUAGCAAGAAGGAUGCUUUCGAUGAUGCAAGAGAAAGGAACACCUCCUGAGUUUGUUCUGUGUAUUGGAGAUGACCGGUCUGAUGAAGACAUGUUUGAAGUGAUCUGCAGUUCCACUGAAGGUCCUUCGAUUGCACCGAGAGCUGAGGUUUUCGCUUGUACUGUUGGGCAAAAGCCUAGCAAGGCUAAGUAUUAUCUGGAUGAUACUACUGAGAUUGUUAGGUUAAUGCAUGGUUUGGCAUCUGUUUCGGAACAGACUAUGUCUGCUGUUUAAGAACCAGAGAGAAGUAUCAGAGACUCUACUAGAGAGAUCUUUUGUUUGUAUAUUACCACGGAAAACUUGUAACGGAGAGAGACAUAUAAUUUGCCUUGGGAGUUAUGAGUAUGGCUUUAUGUA